CUGGUGGCCACGCCGUUUUUCCCGGAGCACGAGCAGGUGAACACGGGCGACCCCAGGGUUGUCGAGAUACGGCUGGAGGUAGAGGAAAAAGAGAUUGAGAUUGCGCCGGGCGUGUUUAUGUGGGCCUUUACCUUCAAUGGUUCCGUACCGGGCCCCAUUAUUGUGGUCCACGAAGGCGACUACGUGGAGAUGACGCUGGUCAAUCCGUCCAGCAACGAGUUGCUGCACAACAUCGACUUUCACGCUUCUGCCGGCGCGCUGGGCGGCGGUUCCCUGACCCAGGUUGGGCCCGGCCAGGAGGUGGUGCUGCGGUUCCGGGCGACGAAGGCCGGCGCGUUCAUCUACCACUGCGCGCCGGGCGGCACGAUGGUUCCGUGGCACGUGGUCCACGGUAUGAAUGGGGCCAUUAUGGUGCUGCCGCGCGAGGGUUUGCGGGACCCGGCUGGCAACCCGAUCAGCUAUGACCGUGCCUACUACGUUGGCGAACAGGACUACUACCUGCCACGGGGCGAAAAUGGAGACUUAAGCGCUAUGACAGUCCAUCCGCGUCGAUGGCCAACCGCCAGUCGUAUCCGCCACCUGAUCGGCGGGCACGGCGACUACGUGUGGGAGCGCGGUGGAUUCAGCAGUCCGCCGGCGGUGGACCUGGAGACGUGGGUGAUUGCUGCCGGUUCCGCCGGGGCGUCGAUACACACCAUCCGGCAACCGAGAACCUACGCCUACCUGUCGCACAACCUCAUCGAGGCGUUUGUCUUCGAUGCCAAGGCGAUCUGGUCGCCGAGGGAGAAUGGGACAACGACCUAG